CAGGGAUGCAAUCUAAGGUGUUGUUUGGAAGUAACUUUAGCUUGUGGAGCUGUAAACCGAAAGAAACAUGCUGGUUUUUGGUGUUGUUAUUCGAUUGUAUAGCUUAGGAGUUAGGAGUUAGGGUUUUGUUUGUUUGUUUUUGUUGGAUAAGUUGAAUUGAAGUGAUUGAACUUUUAUUAUUUUGUUUUGUUGUGUUUUGUGUGUCGAUUUCGAAGUUGGUGAGAAUUUAAAGGGAUAGUGUAAUUGUAAUGGGGAAUAAGCUGGGGAAGAGGAGGCAGGUGGUGGAUGACAAGUAUACAAGGCCACAAGGGUUAUAUCAGAUUAAAGAUGUUGAUUAUAAGAAGUUAAGGAAGCUUAUUCUUGAAUCUAAGCUUGCCCCAUGCUAUCCUGGAGGAGACGAGUGCGAUUGCGGCCUUCUUGAAGAAUGCCCUAUCUGUUUUUUGUAUUAUCCAACUCUCAAUCGGUCAAGAUGUUGUAUGAAAAGCAUAUGUACAGAGUGUUUUCUGCAGAUGAAGAAUCCAAAUUCAACAAGACCGACACAAUGCCCAUUUUGUAAAACCUCAAAUUACGCUGUGGAGUACAGGGGGGGAAAAUCCAAGGAGGAGCGGGGACUGGAGCAAAUAGAAGAGCAAAAGGUCAUUGAAGCCAAGAUUCGGAUGCAGCAGCAGCAGCUCCAAGAGGAAGAGGAGAGAUAUCAUAGAAAAGAAGAAACGAGCUCUUCAACUAUAGAUCCUCGGACAGAAAACAUUGAUUGUAGCACAUCUGGAGGUAUAGAGUGUGAGGAAAGUGCCCCCUCUCUAGAUUCAAGUGGUACACAAAUGCUCAGACAGCCUCAGUAUACCAGACAUGGCAGAGAUGAUGAAUUUGACCUGGAUCUUGAAGAUAUUAUGGUUAUGGAAGCUAUCUGGCUUUCUAUACAGGAGAACGAAAGAGCAGGACAAUCACCUUCUAAUGAUGCAGUUCCCGAGCCAUAUACAAUUGGAGAUUGCUACAUGUCACCACCAGCAACAGAGCAGAUGGCUGGAUCAUCAUCAUCCCCUUCUGGUGGUCUUGCUUGUGCGAUUGCAGCUCUUGCUGAGCGUCAACAGUUGACUGGAGAAUCUUUGACCAACUAUAAUGGACCUGUAUCACCUUUAGACAUGUUACCAAGCAGUAGCAGGAGUUCCAAGAGGAUGAAAAAGAGUCAACGAAGACCCACAGAAAGCUCCUCUACAGAGGAAAUCUGUGGUUCAAGAAUAUCAGCCGAAGGAUGCGAGGUUGGUCCUGCAUCACAGAUUACUGAAGUGGGAACUAGCUAUGUUGACUCAGAUGACUCUGAAGCUGAGAUUGUUAUGCUGCCACCACCACCACCACCACCACCAUUGUAUCAUAGGUGGAAUUCCAAGAGGGGAAAGAAUAUCCAAAGAAAAUACUCUCUUGGGAGAGCCUCUUCCAAGAGUUUGCAUGGUCAAAGGAUGGUAGCAGAAGAUUGGGAGUUUGAUCGUGGCUCUGAGGUUGCUGAGGCUGGGACCAGUUAUGGUAGUUCUAGUGAGUCAAAUGAGGACAUUGAGGCCACUAUACUGCCCCCUCCACCACCACCACCUCUGCCGCCAUACGUCGUCGGUACUAGCAGUGGCUGCUCUGCUGGGGGAGAAGAUCAUUGUGAGUACGCGCUCCCUCCUUUACCGCAACCAUAUGUUGCAGAUAGUGGAUUUCAGUCUUCCAUACCAGGCCCUAUAAUUCCCGAUAGCUUUGAGGAACAGAUGAUGUUGGCCAUGGCUGUUUCACUAGCUGAGGCUCGAGCUAGGACUACUGCUCAGGGAGUCGCAUGGCACUAGGUUUACCAUUAUUUGUUCUAUGUGCUCCUCUACCUCUACCCUUGACUGUCCUGCUUCCAUCAACAAAAGCCCAGAAAAAAAAAACUCAAUUUUCUCCUUUCCCCCCUUUUCAAUCACACACGUACACGUAUGUAAUAGGAAAUUGAAGAGCAUAUUUUAGCGAGUGAUAGGUUUGUUGGGUUUAUGAUGUUCGAAAUGGUUAAUGUGCCUUGGGAAAUAUUUUUCAUCUUUUUUCUGCCAGUAUAUAUGUGAUGGUUGUUCCAAAUCA